GGAACCCACUACAGCUUUCUUCUUCCUUCGGCGACCUCUCUCUUUCUCUCACCUCUGUUUCUCCCGCUAGAUCUGAACUAUCAUCAUCGCCUCCAUUUCCUGAAUCUACAGGUUUUGCAAUUCACGACUUUGAAUUUUUCUCAGUGGCCAAAUAGUGCUCGUAAAAUGUUGCCGGAUUCAUCUUCAAGCCAGCCAGAGUUUGAUUACUUGUUCAAGUUGCUGUUGAUUGGCGAUUCAGGUGUUGGGAAGAGUACCCUUCUCUUGAGUUUCACCUCCAAUACCUUUGAAGAUCUUUCUCCCACAAUUGGUGUGGAUUUUAAGGUGAAACAUGUUAAUAUUGGGGGGAAGAAGUUGAAGCUUGCAAUUUGGGACACAGCUGGACAGGAGAGAUUUAGAACACUUACUAGUUCAUACUACAGAGGUGCUCAGGGCGUAAUAAUGGUGUAUGAUGUAACACGGCGUGAAACAUUUACAAAUCUAUCUGACAUAUGGGCUAAAGAAAUAGACCUGUACUCAACAAAUCAAGAUUGCAUCAAGAUGCUCGUUGGCAACAAAGUUGAUAAGGAAAGUGAGAGGGUUGUCACCAAAAAAGAGGGAAUCGACUUUGCUAGAGAAUAUGGAUGCCUUUUUCUCGAAUGCAGUGCAAAAACUCGGGUAAAUGUAGAGCAAUGCUUUGAGGAGCUUGUUUUGAAGAUUUUGGAAACACCAAGUCUUCUGGCUGAGGGUUCAAGUGGCGUGAGAAAGAACAUCUUUAAGCAGAAACCUCCGGAAUCCGAUGCGUCAACCAGUGGGUGUUGCUGAAUAUGAUUAUUCUCUAAAAUUUCUCAUUCCUUAAUGUCAAAGCAGCUAUUUGUUUCCUUUAUCCCUUGUUUGAUUCGAAACGCACAUGUCAUGUAUAAUCUCUAAUAUUUUACAGACAAUAUGUACAUUUAGCUAAAAAAAAAAAAAAGGAAAAAUCUAAGGUGGUGUUUGUUUUUUUACUUAA